GAUAGAAAAUAUUAUGAUUGCUGAAUCAGUUAUUCCUUUGCGACCGGCUUAAACACACUUAGUUUGGGGUGCUUGAAGUAUUAAAAAAAUUAGUCAAAAUGCGUUUCAAAAUGUGCCCACUUCCCUUCAUCACCAUGAAGGCCCGUGAAGGAAAAAAGCCGGAUAAAAGUGUUCUGGAAGCUGAUCUAGAGACCGCUCUGGAUCUUGCUGGCGCCGGAAAAUAUCAAGUCUUUCACUGCGCUCUCAUGGUGUCUACUCUCGGCGCUGCCAUUCUGGAGAUGAUUGGAUGUGCCUUCUUACUUCCAUCUGCAGCUUGCGAUCUGGAUCUACCGGACCAUAUGAGAGGGAUAAUAACCAGCAUACCCAAUAUAGGUAUAAUAUUAACAGCGCCGUUUUGGGGUCCAACAGCAGAUGCUCUAGGCAGAAAGCCAGUGCUCAUAGUGUCUACGUUAUUAUCAGGGCUUAUUGGACUUUUAGCUGCCUUCAUGCCUAGUCUUCUAACGUAUGCUCUAUGCAAGUUUAUAGGAUCUUUGUUUUUAUCAUGCCCAUCUUCACUGGGCUUUGCAUUUCUUGGAGAACUAAUGCCCAAGAUGAGACGAGACAUGGCAGUUCUCACCUGCAAUGCUUCACUGAUGCUGGUGGCGUCUUUAUGUCCAAUCCUUGCCUGGAUAGUAUUCUCCAUAGACUGGGAACUGCAAUCCGUGUACUUACGACCCUGGCGCAUUCUCACUAUCGCGUACUCAAUGCCUUUAAUCCUCUCAUCGUUGUGGAUGACGCAGACCCUGGAGAGCCCCAAGUUCCUGAUGAUGAAGGGCAAGGAGAACGAGGCUUUGAACGUCUUGGCGCAUAUAUUUUCUUUCAACACUGGACUGGACCCAGAUGAAUACAAGGUAACCUCUCUCAAGAAGUCUGCGGACGACCGAAGCAAAGCCGACGGUCAGAGCUGCGAAUCUGGAAAGAAGUCAAAAACAUCAGCCAUCGAUUUAUUGAAACCCCCUCAUGUGCAAUGGCUGCUACUUAUUGGAUUCCUGAUGCUGGGUUUAUUCUCAUUGUUAAACGGCUUAUUUUUAUUUACACCACACACGAUCAACACCCUGAUGAGGCAAUCGGCGAACGAAACUGCGUCUAUUUGUAAAGCGUUGGACCAAAUUCAGAAUUCUACGCACACAGUAUCCUGCAGUAUAUCCUACGAAACCUUCCAAAUAACAGUGAUCACAGCGCUGAUAUACGGCGCGCUGGUAAUGCUGGCCAGUCUCAGCCCGCUGUCCAAGAAGACGCUGCUGAUAUCCAUGUACGCGGUGGUCGGGACAGCUUGUUUGAUCAGUGGCAUUGUACAGAACAGGCUGGUAGCUGGUGUGUCCAUGUCUACUCUGGAACUUACUGCGUUGGGAAUCGGUCCACUCAACGCAUAUGCUGUACAAAUUUUCCCAACCAGUUUGAGGGGCACAGCCGUGGGGGCAGUAAUGAUGUUCGGGCGAGUGGGUUCGAUGCUUGGCGCGAACAUGGCGGGCAUUUUCUUGGCACGUGGCUGCACUUAUACUUUUUGUGCUUUUGCCACUCUUCUAUUCUUGUGUGCGUGUCUCAGUACCUUGCUGCCAAGCGAUAAGACUAAACGAGAGAAAACAUCACUAUAAAAAGUUUAUCAUUUUACAGAAUAUUGCUUACCGAUGCAUUUGAUUCCUAGGUUUUUUAUUAAGAAAAUGGCUGAUGACGGCAACUGAAAAAUUAAAGUUAAGUUAUGAUAGAAAUUCAUACAGAAAUACAUUAUUCAGUUGUUACUUUUAGGGUUUUAUAAAGCCGGCUACACACGUACCUGCUGCAGGGGCAAUAUCGGAACAAUCUCGGCAGCACAUGGUCGGAGCAAUUUCAGCUGUCACAUCACAAUUAAGGAGCCAUUUAAGGGUGAAAUUCCAAUAUUGCCCCUGCUGCAGGUAGGUGAGAAGACGGUUUACUGCUACUUAUCUCUGUGUCAUAAUAUAUCCUUGAAAUUGCAUGCUUUAGCUCUCUUAAGCUGUUACAUGUAUUUAUUUAUGCUUUUUCUACGUAUGAAUCAUUAUUGAAAUCAUGAUCUAAAACAUUCAAAAAACUAAAUCCAUGACUUUUUAAUUUUAAUGUUAUUGAACUCUUUAAAAAUGUGCCAAACUAUCUAUACUAUUUAAUCAUUUUAUCUGUUUCUGUAAGAAAAUAACUUCAAAUAAAACUCUUGGUGCUAUGAUAUUUUUUCGAUUCUGUAGGUAUCUCUUAUAAUGAAUACUAAAAAUAUUUUAGUUAGUAGUAGAAACAAAAAAAAAGACUACUUACCACUGUCGAAAAAAUAGGCUAAA